AUGUCGGCUUACCCCACUACAUACAAUGGCACCGGAGCUGAUGGCGGUGACUCUUUGACUGAGGAUCUCAACAUCUGGUACAAUGCCGGUGAUAUCGCUUGGGUUAUCACCUCUUCCGCUCUUGUAUUACUUAUGAUUCCUGGUGUCGGUUUCUUCUACUCCGGCCUGGCUCGUCGCAAGUCGGCCUUGUCCCUCAUCUGGUUAUCUAUCAUGUCCUGUGGUGUUGUUACCUUCCAGUGGUUCUUUUGGGGAUAUUCCCUCGCCUUCUCUCACUCCGGUGGCAAGUACAUUGGUGAUCUAGCAAACUUUGGUAUGAAGGGUGUUCUAGCACAACCAUCUGUCGGAAGCAGCAAGGUACCAGAUAUUCUCUUCUCAAUCUUCCAGGGCAUGUUCGCCGCUAUUACCGUUGCUCUCGCCACUGGUGCCAUCGCCGAGCGUGGUCGCAUGCUUCCUUGCAUCGUGUUCAUGUUUGUUUGGUCCACCAUUAUCUACGACCCUAUCGCCUGCUGGACCUGGAACUCUUCUGGUUGGGUCUUCAAGAUGGGAGGUCUCGACUUUGCCGGUGGUACUCCUGUGCACAUUUCUUCCGGAUGCGCUGCUCUCGCUUACUCCCUGAUGUUGGGCAAGCGUCGCGGCCACGGCACCCACGAGCUUAACUACCGUCCCCACAACGUCACCCACGUCGUCAUCGGCACCGUCUUCCUGUGGGUUGGCUGGUUCGGAUUCAAUGCCGGUUCCGCUCUCUCAGCUAACGUGCGGGCUGCCAUGGCCGCUGUCGUGACCAACCUUGCUGCUUGCGUUGGUGGUGUCACCUGGUGUUUGCUUGAUUACCGCCUGGAGCGCAAAUGGUCCACUGUCGGUUUCUGCUCCGGUGUCAUUGCCGGUCUGGUCGCCAUCACUCCCGGCUCUGGAUUUGUCACUCCCUGGGCUGCCUUUAUCUUCGGUGUUGUCGGUGCCAUUGCUUGCAACUACGCAACUAAGCUCAAGUUCCUGCUUCACGUCGAUGACUCACUUGAUAUCUUCGCCGUUCACGGUGUUGGUGGUCUCGUUGGCAACAUCCUUACUGGUCUCUUCGCUGCUGACUACAUUGCUCAUUUGGAUGGUGUCACUGUAAUCCCCGGUGGCUGGAUUAACCACAACUACAUCCAGCUCGGCUACCAGCUUGCCGAUUCCGUCUCCGGUGGUGCAUACUCGUUCUUCGGCACUUGCAUCAUUCUUUUCGUCCUCAACCUUAUCCCUGGACUGAGCCUGCGUGCCUCUGAAGAGGAUGAGAUCAUGGGUAUCGACGAUGCCGAGAUCGGCGAGUUCGCCUACGACUACGUUGAGAUCCGUCGCGACAUUGUCCACGGUGUCGAAGGCAUUGACACCAACUCUCACCGCUCCCUUACCCCUAACGGAGAGGGUCCAGCUAUCGAGCUCAAGGCUUAA